AUGGUCUUGGUAUCGUCCAUUCCUACCAAAAUUUUCUCCUCCUUAUUGAUAUGGCUUCACCUUGUGGCUGCUUCAGCUAGCCGAAAACGCAGCUUCUUGCGUACAACUCUGAAGAUGUGUAGAGUUCGAUCUUUUGCUUUUUCUCGGGUGCCUACACCACCUCCUUCUACUAUGUUGAUGUGUGGCAGCUCUUCCCCUCAAUUUGUCCCCUUGAUGUCGUCUCGGGCUGUGCUGGUGGCGGCUGGGUUGAAUUUUGGUUAG